AUGCGGCUUGAAGCUAGCAAACGUAUGCGUUUGGUACCAAAAGGAUACAUCAGGCUUGGGGGCACAAAACAAAAAGUCGAACCUGCAACCGAACUACGUAGAGGUAAAUCAAUUCAGAAAGCAUCAUUACACACUGACUAUCCGCUACAGAACAAUACAAAAAACGUGGGACAGAAUUCCACGGAAGAACAUCAACACAUAGCGCCUGACGAAGAGGAUCCGUUGGCAGAACAUUUGCUACAACGACAUCAACGCGUUGUGAUAGAUAGGCAGGACACUAGUCAACAAGAUUUGCCUGAGCAAAAGCAACAAGUUGUAAAUGAUGAACGGGACCCACUCGAGCUUGAUUUGUCCGAACAACAGCAACACACCGUGAAAGAAGAGCGGGAUCCUCUUGAGGAAAGCUUGCCUGAAAAAACGCAGGUGAAAGAAGAACAGGAUCCGCUCGAAGCACAUUUCCCUGAACAAACAGUUAUAAAGACGGAGUGUGAUGAUGACCAAGAAACGAAUCAAUCGUUUGACGCCAAAUUACGAUGCUGGGCCAUGACACACCAAAUACAGCCAGCAGCACUCAAUGCAUUGCUGGUAUUAAUGCGACAAAGUAACAUCUUUGAACUCGCAACAGAUAAAUAA